UUGGCGCCUGCGCGUUUGCUCCGCCCGAGCUGGACCGACCGCGAGAGAAAAAGCUCAGUGUGACCCAGGGCGCAGCCGCCGUCGUGGGAGCGAGGAGGCGGGGCUGAGCUUUUCCCGGGCCUCGCAGGUCCCGCUUCGGGCCCGGGGACGCGCGCGCGCGCGCACGAAGGCGCCAGGAAGAGGCCGAGCCCUGCCGGCGUGCGUGCACGUCGUAUUGCGCGCGGCCGUGAACCCAAUGAACUGUGCGGGAAGGCACGGAGCCGCCUUUUUUUUUUUGGGCCGCGGCCGAGUCCCGACCAUCCUGGGCUCCUGAGACAGGAUCCCGAGCUUCUCCGUUUCAAGUUUUGAACUGUAGUCCCCACCCUCCGUCCCAGCUCCAGCCACAGGGGAAUAGGGGUCCACGAAGCCGUGCGCUCUGCUGUGCAGAGGCUGGGGUAAAAGGUUCCUAGCCUCCGCCCCCUGGCUGAAGGCUUAGACCCCCCUGUGUGCCGCCUUGAGUUAUUUGUGUCAAGACUGUACACUACACACGCGGGUACACAUGCAUGGCCACAUACGUGGAGGUGUGCGCUCUGGGUAACUCCACGUGUACACAGAUACCCAGGCAUGCACAUGUCUAAGCCUCUGCAAAACUCUGAGCACACGGACGUGUCCUAGGGAACAGGUGUGCAGGCUGCACGGCCGUCCCUGCGCAGACCUGCCACUUCCGAGUGUAAGCACCCAUGGCUAGUAGCCCCAGACACCCUCCAGCAGCCCAGGACUGGAGGAGGGGGGGAGAGGGGGUGCUAGGGCGCUCCCCUCCCCAGGUUACAAUUAAGGCUAUUUGCAUCUCAUUUACAUCCAGCCCCCGGCCUUGGGGGCGUAGGGGGGUCCCCUGGGUCCCGAGGCAAGCUGCUCCUCACUGGCUUUCGGAGCCCAGGGGACAGGGGUGGAGCCGUUUGCCCAGGCCUGCAGCUGGGACAGGAAGCGAGAGUGGGGAAGGGGGAGGCCACAGCCCACAGAGAGGAGGCGAGGCGGUGCAGGGCUUGUGGGGAAGGGAGGGAGGGAGGGAGGGAGGUGCCAGAGCUGGAGCCCUGAGGCCCCGCUGGCCCCUGGGCACAGGCCCAGCUCCAGCCCCCAGGGAUGGACCUCGCGGACCCCGACAUCUUCAACAGGGACCCCCGGGACCACUACGACCUGCUUCAGCGGCUGGGUGGCGGCACCUACGGGGAAGUGUUCAAGGCUCGAGACAAGGUGUCGGGGGACCUGGUGGCGCUGAAGAUGGUGAAAAUGGAGCCUGACGACGACGUCUCUACCCUGCAGAAGGAAAUCCUCAUAUUGAAGACCUGCCGGCACGCCAACAUCGUGGCCUACCAUGGGAGCUACCUCUGGCUGCAGAAGCUCUGGAUCUGCAUGGAGUUCUGUGGGGCUGGCUCUCUCCAGGACAUCUACCAAGUGAUGGGCUCCCUGUCUGAGCUGCAGAUCGGCUACGUCUGUCGGGAAGUGCUGCAGGGACUGGCCUACCUGCACUCACAGAAGAAGAUCCACCGAGACAUCAAGGGAGCCAACAUUCUCAUCAAUGAUGCUGGGGAGGUCAGACUGGCUGACUUUGGAAUCUCGGCCCAGAUUGGGGCGACGCUGGCUAGACGCCUCUCUUUCAUUGGGACACCCUACUGGAUGGCUCCCGAAGUGGCGGCUGUGGCCCUGAAGGGGGGCUACAAUGAGCUGUGUGACAUCUGGUCCCUGGGCAUCACGGCCAUCGAGCUGGCUGAGCUCCAGCCGCCGCUGUUCGACGUGCACCCGCUCAGGGUCCUCUUCCUCAUGACCAAGAGUGGCUACCAGCCUCCGCGGCUGAAGGAGAAAGGCAAAUGGUCAGCUGCCUUCCACAACUUCGUCAAAGUCACCCUCACUAAGAGCCCCAAGAAGCGACCCAGCGCGGCCAAGAUGCUCAGUCAUCAGCUGGUGUCCCAGCCCGGGCUGAGCAGAGCCCUCAUCCUGGAUCUGCUCGACAAGCUGAGGAACCCCGGGAAGGGGCCCCUGGUGGGCGAGAGUGAGGACGACGAGCCCGAGCCGCCCCCGGCCAUCCCACGGAGGAUCCGAUCCACGCACCGGUCCAGCUCUCUGGGGAUCCCAGAUGCAGACUGCUGUCGGCGGCACAUGGAGUUCAGGAGGCUCCGCGGCGUGGAGAGCAGACCCCCAGCCCACACGGCUCGCCUGCAGCCCCCUGCAGACUCCAAGGGUGGCAGUCCCAGGAGGGACCAGUCCGAGUCCGACGAUGACUAUGACGACGUGGACAUCCCCGCCCCUGCAGAGGACACACCUCCUCCACUGCCCCCCAAGCCCAAGUUCCGUUCUCCAUCUGACGAGGGUUCUGGUGGGGCUGGGGAUGAGGGGCAGCUGAGCCCGGGGGUGCUAGUCCGGUGUGCCAGCGGGCCUCCCCCACGCACCCCCCGUCCUGGGCCCCCUCCAGCCUCUCGCAGCCCCCACCUCACCGCCUAUUCAGAACCCUCACUGUGGAACCCAGCCCUCCGGGAGCCUGCCCAGCCCCCAGUGCUACCCCCCAAGAAGGAGAAGAUGAGGAGAAAGGAAUGUGCGCUGCUGGUGAAGCUGUUCAAUGGCUGCCCGCUCCGCAUCCACAGCACAGCCUCCUGGACACACCCGUCCACCAAGGACCAGCACCUGCUCCUGGGGGCUGAGGAGGGCAUUUUCAUCCUGAACCGGAGUGAGCAGGAGGCCACGCUGGAGAUGCUCUUUCCUAGCCGGACCACCUGGGUGUACUCCAUCAACAACGUGCUCAUGUCUCUCUCAGGAAAGACCCCCCACCUGUAUUCUCAUAGCAUCCUGGGCCUGCUGGAGCGGAAAGAGAGCAGAACCGGAAGCCCCAUCGCUCACAUCAGCCCCCAUCGGCUACUGGCAAGGAAGAACAUGGUCUCCACCAAGAUCCAGGACACCAAAGGCUGCCGCGCAUGCUGUGUGGCGGAGGGUGCGAGCUCCGGGGGCCCUUUCCUGUGCGGGGCAUUGGAGGCGUCCGUGGUCCUGUUCCAGUGGUACCAGCCCAUGAACAAGUUCCUGCUCGUCCGGCAGGUGCUCUUCCCGCUGCCGACGCCUCUGCCGGUGUUCGCGCUGCUGACGGCGCCGGGCUCCGAGCUGCCGGCCGUGUGCAUCGGCGUGAGCCCCGGGCGGCCGGCCAAGUCCGUGCUCUUCCACACCGUGCGCUUCGGCGCGCUCUCCUGCUGGCUGGGCGAGAUGAGCACCGAGCACAAGGGGCCAGUGCAGGUGACCCAGGUAGAGGAAGACAUGGUGAUGGUGUUGAUGGACGGCUCUCUGAAGUUGGUGACCCCCGAGGGAGCCCCAGCCCGGGGCCUGCACACACCUGAGAUCCCCAUGACGGAAGUGGUGGAGGCUGUGGCUAUGGUUGGGGGUCGGCUCCAGGCCUUCUGGAAGCAUGGCGUGCAAGUGUGGGCUCCAGGCUCAGACCAGCUGCUGCAGGAGCUCAGAGACCCCACCCUCACCUUCCGUCUGCUCGGCUCUCCCAGGCCGGUGGUGGUGGAGACGCGUCCGGCAGAUGACCCGACGGCCCCCAGCAACCUCUACAUCCAGGAAUGAGUCUCCUGGGGGUGCCGGGAGCCAGUCCCUGUACCCCCCAGCAACACACACUAGUGCUCACGUCCUGUCCUUGUUUCCCAAUAAAUAGGACCUUAGCCUCUGA